AUGGCAAACUUGGCCGCUUUCGCGACGGCCCUUCUGGCCAUCCUCCACAUCUAUAUCAUGGUGCUCGAGAUGUUCCUCUGGACUACCCCUCGUGGUCGCAGGGCAUUCCGGCUUAGCCAAGAAUUCGCCCAGCAAACCAAGGUGCUGGCCGCCAACCAGGGAUUAUACAAUGGGUUUCUUGCAGCCGGUCUUACAUGGGGGCUACUUCACCCUGUGCACGAGUUCGCCGUCAAAUUCAGCUGUUCUUCUGUGUUACCGUUAUCGUUGCUGGCUUGUACGGGGUGCUGGGCCGGUAUCACCAUUCACCUCGACACCAUCAAAACCAUGGACAUGGCAUCCGUUUUCAAAGGGUCCGGAGACGGGAAGCUGGUCCAAAGCACAACAUCAAAACCCGACAAACUCACCGGCGAUCAAGUCCUCGUUAAAGUCACCGCUUCGGGUGUCUGUGGCACAGAUUUGCACUACAGAAACAACGACAUGGUCCUGGGGCAUGAGGGUGUUGGUAUCGUGGAGGCCUUGGGCCCCAACGUCAAGCACUUGAAUAAGGGAGACCGUGUUGGCUGGGGAUAUCAAACCGACAGCUGUGGCCACUGUCUUGAAUGCCUCGACAGCGCAGAGAUCUACUGCAAGGAACGAUCGAUUUACGGCGGCAAUGCGAGCCUCGACCAGGGGAGCUUCGCAACCCAUGCCAUCUGGCGAGCGGCGUUUCUGCACCAAAUUCCAGAGGCCCUCAGCGACGAGCAGGCGGCUCCUCUCCAGUGCGGCGGCGCAACCGUCUACACAGCUCUGCAAGGUGUAAAGCCAACCGACACUAUCGGCAUCAUGGGCGUCGGGGGCCUGGGUCAUUUGGCCAUCCUAUUUGCCGCCAAGAUGGGAUGUCGUGUGGUUGCUCUCUCCGGAUCGGACAGGAAGCGCGACGAAGCCAUGGCACUUGGUGCGCACCGGUUCGUCGCAGUGAAACAUGUCGCCGACGCGCAAAUCGACGACGACACGUGCUUGCUCAAUCGCUUGUUGGUGACGACGUCUGCCCAGCCCGAGUGGGAAGGGAUUAUGCCUCUGAUGGCGCCGAGGUCUCGCAUCUACCCACUUUCGGCGUCCAGCGGAAACCUGGAGAUGCCCUAUAUGCCCUUGCUCCUAAAAGGCAUUGGAGUCCAAGGCGGCUUGGUGGCGUCUCGCGGCGUUCACCGGCAAAUGCUGCAGUUCGCCGCGUCUCACGACAUAAAGCCCGUCAUCGAGACGUUUCCGAUGGAUGAGAAGGGGAUCACGGAAGCUAUCGACAGGCUGGAAAGGGGCCAGAUACAUUUCCGAGCAGUUCUAGUACCCGUGUAA